CUUCGCCUUCCUGAUACUCGUACUUGCAUUUCGCCUAAGGAUAUUGUGAUGUCUCCACAAUCAUUAAUAAUGAUUAGAACAGCUCAAAAUGACAUUAAUUUGACAUUAAUUAGGUUUACAAAAGGCACAUGAUUAAUUGCACAAGCGCAAAUCUUCUUAAAGCAACGAUAUAAAUAUUUAAAGAUUUGACUAUUUACGUUUAUUACACCAAUAUGUAUUGUCAUCUGCGCAAGAUUAAAAUUCUAGUUCUGCUCGUUAUUAACGUGACAAUAUUUUUAAGUAUUUUCCCAGUCCAGGCAAAUGAUCCAUGGACUCCUUGCAAAUUAUUCGAUCCUGGAAAUGGUCAAUGUCUAAGGGAUCUGUUGCAAAAUAUUUUGAUUACUGGUACUACUGAAGUGCACGGCAUGCAGCGAAAUUCCCUAGACCCAUAUAAAGCAAAGAAGGCUCGAAUCGCAGCAGACAGUCCUAUUAUGAAACUAAAUAUGGAUUUUAUGAAAGUCACUGUAACUGGUCUAUCACAAUCUAAAAUUGUUGAUGUUGUAGCCAACAAUGAAGACAAAUUUGACUUAAGUAUGAAGGUGUCAAGAGUUCAUGUCAAUGGCAUCUAUGCUAUGGAGGGAAGAGUGUUGGUGUUGAAUCUUUCAGGGAAAGGAGAGUUUGAUGUUGAUUUUGCCAAUGUUGAUGUUCAUUUAACACUUACGACAAAAUUAGUACGGAGAGACAAUAAACCUUACUUUGAAGUUCAAAGAGUUAAGUCCAAAUUAAAGCAUUUGGGUGAUCUGAAUGCUAAAUUUGGUAAUCUUUUUGCCGACAAUCAAGCCCUGACUGACAGUGCUAAUACAGUAUUCAAUCAAAACUGGAGAGAACUCAUUGAGGUAAUGCGCCCCGUCAUUGAAGAGUCCAUGAACUCUGCAAUUGUGAUACAGGCAAACAAAAUAUUGGGAAAAUUCCCUGCAUCUCAAAUGUUCUCAGAUAUAGAUUAAUCUAACA